CCUACGCCCAUGUAAUCUACCCCAUAAAUACACACAUGACGUUGGGCAUAUGCAGCUGUUGGGUCCCCUGCUUACCGUUACGCUCUGAGUAACCACCAGUCGUUUUUAGACUAUGCCGUCAACAACUGCAGCCACCAACGGUCGUUCAUUUUAACGACAAACCGGAUAAUGUAAAUAGUGCUUGUGCUCGAAGAAACUGUUUAAGAAAUAUAUAUUUGUUUAAAAAAUUAAAACAGUCAAGUUAGUGCCUUAAUAAUGGAUACAAAUUGCUACACGAAUCCGUCCUUCUGCCAGCAAAGUGAGUUCUACAAUGUCCAACGUGCCCAAAGGGCACUUAGUCCUCAGCGAGCCCUCAGCCCCCAACGAGCCUUGAGUCCAGUGAGAAAUGUGCGACAACCACCUGUGGGAGCGCAAGCUCCUUUACGCGUAUUGGACACUUCGAUGUGCGAGGACAUGCGAAACACGUCCCACGACGACGACGAUGAAGACUAUGAAGAACAGGAAUUUUACGAGGAAAUGCUCGUGGACGAUGCCGGUGUUAUCAAAGAGAAGAAAUUCGUCGUAGUCUCCCAAAACACGGACGGGAAAAAGUACAUGCAAGUCCCCCAAAAGGAGGGAAGCCGUUACGCAAUGCCCUUGGAGACAAGACAACCACAAUAUGAAGUCAACAAAAACGCUCAAAAACAUCGUUACGAAUACAUUCCAAUGCAAGAUCAAGACGUCAGGAGGACGCCUCAAAAGCAGUACGUUACUGAACAUGUGGACAGAGAGUCUGGACGUGUGCACAGGUAUGCAGUCAUAGAAACUCAGGAGGAAUCCGAACUCUCCACGAAAAAUGGCAGGUACGCCUUAGUACCGGUCGAAGAUCUCAAUGCUGUGAUCCCUCCGAGGAACACCAAUAGGUAUGAAUACAUACAGGAAUCUCCGACUAAGAAUGCUGCAAGUCGUUAUGAAUACGUACAAAAUACACCACAAAAACAGCAAAUGCAACAGCAACACAGAUACGAAUAUAUUUCGAACAGUGAACCCAGAACUAAAACUGGCAAUCCAGUUGCCACGCAAAAACUUCACGAAUUACUCUCGACACCAAGGAAAUCACAAAACGGAUCUAAGCCCAACACCCCUCAAAAAGUAAUGUCACCGCAGUCGAUUAGAAAACCACCAUCAACGCCGAUCUCACCAAUUCCUCCACAGUUCCAUCAAACCCCAGUGAAGACUCCGCAAAGGACCGCCAGAAGUUCCAACCCAAAAGCUCAACAAAAAUUGAACUACACGUUGGGCACGAGGCAAAUGGUCCAAGACAAAAGAUCAACAGCAAUUGUUCCUCCAAUGUGCUCCAGUCCCAUCCAGUCUGUGUACAGUGAGACCACGUACUCGAACAAGAGCGAAUCAUGGAUGAAUGUUAGCGGGAAAAAGGGUUCGGGAGGCGCCACUUUGACAGUGGUUGCAAUUAUGAUGUUCCUGUGCAGUUCUGUGACAUUGGGAUUGGGUUUUUAUAUGAUGUCGUUUAUGGGAAGGUUAUAUUAUUUGGAUCUAAGUAUAGUUGCCGGAUUUACGUGUCUCAUACUGGGCGUUCUUGGAUGUCGCUCAAGAAAUGUGUAUUGGCUACCUAAUCGACAUUAUGUUUCAGGGUACGUGGUGCUGAACAUAUUCAGUUUGUUAACCUGCGGCGGCCUCUUGGUUUUGCUUUGCCUACGUCCGAAAACCGGAACGCCGUUGGCGGACAUGACUUCCGGUGCCGUUUGUGGAUUUUCUGUCUUCAGCUUGGUGCUUGCCGUCGGUGGCGUCGUUUCCAGCUAUUGUUGCGCCUAUCCGCCACCAGACAAUAGGGUAGAGCACUGCGUUCAGGGUUUCACCGUCUGAGGAGGACAACACGACCGGAUGUGGAUGAUUUUAAUGCGAGGAUUGGGGAUCACAUGAAGUAUUGUAAUUCUAUGUAAUUUAGGAUGGCACAAUCACACUGGAAUAUAUUAUUUAAUAUAUUUUUAAUCUGUGAUUUUGUAUUACUUACUAUUAGCUAAGAAACUUCACAGUCCAAAAUACAUAUCCAAAGAUCCAAUAGUCAAUUUUUUCAUACCAGUUUUAUUGUUAUGAUUAAAACCUGUGAAUAGUUUAGGCUUGUAUAUAGUGUUAGUUAAGUAUAAGAUAUAUUUAUUGAUAAUGUUUUUAUAUGAUGUAUAUUCGCCAUGUUUAUAUUAAUUUAUUACAAAUAAACGCAAGUAAAUAAUUGAA